AAGCAUUUCGGGCGCCUUUCCCGACACAAGUUGAACAUUUCCCUCGCUGCACGGGGCCUUCUCCCCAGGGCUGCCAUUGUAGCUUGGCGAGCUGUCUAUAAGUUUGAUUGCAUGUAGUUGGCCCCCAUGCGGGCAUCUGGCUGGCGGCUUCUCGCGGGGCGAUUCAGGGCCCCGAGCGUGGCGGAUGGCACAGGGCGGGAAGGCCGAUUUGCCGCCUGCGGGCUUGAGGGGUUGUCUGGUAGCCACCAGCCGUAUAGCUUGCUGUCACGCUUAUCACAAGUACUGGACGGCAGUAGCGGCCUGCACACGCCCGCAGCUGGCGCAGGCUGCGUGCAGGCAAGCCCAGGUCCCGACAUGCACGCGCAUCUGCGCCCUCUGACCUUGGUAAGAGCCUUCAACACAAGCAGCGGCAGCCUGAGCAGCGGCAGCGGCAGCAGCAGCAACUCGACAUCAGACAUAGAGCCGCCAUCGCCUGCAACGGACUUCGCAGCGCGUGGCAGUAGCAGCGGCAAGGACUGCGGCAGUAGCAACAGCAGUAGCAACAGCACCAGCGGCGGCGGUCGGGCCGCUGCAGGGCCGCGCGGCAAAGCCGCAGCCCGCGCCAAGGCAGCGGCAGCCGCCGCCGCCGCCGCCCAAUCCCUCCUCCCCGCCGCCCACCACGCCCAUCCGGCGGCGCGCGGCGCCAAAGGCAAAGCCGGCAAGGCUCCGGGGGCCAAGGCGGCGGCGGCCUCGGUGGCCGUGAAGUCGGGCGGGCAGCGGCCGUUGUCGGUUGAGGCCCGGCGGCAGUUGGACUUGCAGUUGGAAGGGCUGGCGGCUCAGGGGGUGGUGGGCGGCGGCGCCAGUCGCAAACCCGCCGUCAAGGCGGUGGGGUUCUACAUCGGCCAGGCCAUCCGGCCCGACGACGUGACGCUGCUGCUGCACCAGCUGGACACGCGGCCGCCGCCGGGGGUGGUGGCGGGCGACACCUUCAGACACACCGACCACACCGUGCUGCUGCUGCGGCCCGCGCCGCACACACACUACCACCACCAGCACGACACGGCUGCGGAGGAGCAGGCGGGGGCUGCAGGUGGUGGGAAGGCGGAGCAGGGCCAGGGCCAGGGCCAGGGGCGGGCGGUGGAUGCGGCGGCGGCGGCAGGAGACGGCGCCGCUGCGGAAGGUGGGGCGGAGGCGCCCAGCCGGCAGCAGCAGCAGCAGCAGCAGCAGCAGCAGGAGUUAGCCGGCACAGGUUCGUGUCAGGCUGUCGUACUCCACGAGUACGGCGGCGUGGCGUUCUUCAACGUGCCGCCGCACCUCAUGUCGGACCUGCUGCAGCGCAUCGUGCGCAUCGUGAUCCCCUCCACGGCCCUCAUGGCCGUGCGGGCGACCGGCAGUAGCAGUGGCAGCAGCACCGGCAGUAGCAGUAGCAGCAGUGGCAGUAGCAGCAGUGGCGCCUCGGGUGGCGGCGGUGUGCCGGGGGCGGUGUAUGCGGGGGGCGGCAGUAGCAGCGCAGCCAGCCAGCAGCAGAGGCCGGAGCUACUGCUGCACAGCGAGGAGGAGGAGUUUGUCAUUGACGAGUCGGUGGAUCGGGCGCCGCGGCUGCAGCGCUUCAUUCGCAAGGAGGGGGACGCCUACAUCGUGUCGCGGUGGGACAGUGUCAACAUGGAGAGCGUGGCGCGCGUGCUGAGCCAGAGCGCCGCCAUACGCCACUACAACCAGAUCUGUGAGGACAUGCUGCGCAGGUACAUGUCCCUGGUCCCCGCCGACACGCCCUACCUAGAGCCGCCAGAGGGCCGCGCCGCCACCGCCGCCACCGCCGCCGCCGCCGCCUGGCUGCGACUGCUGCGGUGGCUGUCGGCGUGGCGGCAGCGGCGCGGCGGCGGCGGCGGCGGCCGCGGGGGGCAGCAGCAGCACAGCGGGCAGCUGCCGCUGAAACAGCUGCGGCGCAUGGUGGCGGAGAGCACCACCAUCCACGUGUUCCUGGAGAGCUCGCUGCUGGGUGUGGCGGAGCCGCCCACCUCCACCUGGGCCUCGGCAAGACACCACAAGGUGUGGGAUGUGGUGCAUGAUGAGUUCGAGCUGGACGACCGCCAGGAGCUGCUGGUGGGCAAGGCCGCCCUGAUCAAGCAGUCCUGCCUGGACCUGAUCAACGCCCACAACGACACCUUCGCCAAGCGCAGUGAGAUCACCAUCAUCGCGCUCAUCGCCACCGAGAUUGUGAUCAGCCUGUGCGGCCUGCACGACCUCGUGCCGCUCAGGGCGCUGCUGGGGGGCGGCGGCGGAGGAGGAGGGCAUUGAGGAGGAGGGCAUUGAGGAGGCGGGGGCAUUGAGGAGGAGAGCAGAGAGGAGGGGGGCAUUGAGGAGGAGGCGGGCACUGAGGGAAGAGGAGGCGGCGGGCGUUGAGAGAAGAGAGGGGGCGGCAGUGGUGGGCACUGGGGCGGCGGCGACGCCGGCGGAUUCGGUGGUUGUGGGCAGAGCGGUUGCGCACAGAGUGGUGUGUGCGGGCAUUGAGAUUGUGUUGGUGCUGUGGCGGGGCUGUGGGGUGGGGUCCGCUUGCCCUCGCGCCGCAAAGGGCUGAACGCUGGCAGGAGAGGAGGGUGGGCUGGGAGAAGCGAUGUAUUACUAUGUGUCAGAUGCGAAGCCGGAUGGCGUGCGCUAAUGCAUGUGCAUGUGCGUGUGUGUGAGGUGAACUGGUGGAGAGGUGGCCAGGGGCUAUCUCCUUGGACCUAGGUGGCUCGCCGCAUGCGGUACAGCAGUCAGAGGUCAUGUGAGCAGCUUGUAAUAAGGUAAUAAG